AUGAAACCGACGAUGACGACAGCCACGGCGAUGGACGUUGACGAUGCGAUGAUCAAGGCGGGAGGCUUUGGACGCUAUCAGAUCAUAAUGUUCUUCGUCGUCUCUGCGUUAGAGAUGUUCAUCGCGUGGCAUGCGUUCGCAGUCACGUUCAUAGGUGGCGAGCCAGACCAUCACUGCAAGAUACCAGAUGGCGCUGUCACUAAUGAGACGAUACCAUGGGUAGCAGACGACUGCGGAAACUUGAAAUUGGCGACCUGCCAGCAGUUUGUUAACAGCUCAGUGGAUAAUUCCACGAUGGACUGUGAGAAUGGAUGGUGGUAUGCCGAAGAAAGCGAAGACAAUAUCGUUGUCGAGUGGAACCUCGUGUGUAGCAAAAGGUUCGGUGCUCAACUAACGAUCACCAUCUACAUGUUUGGCAAGAUAUUCGGCGCUGUAAUAGCGCCACACAUAGCGGACUACUUCGGAAGGAAACCGACUGCGAUAGGUUUUGGCGUUGCUUACCUCGGGUUGGGCGUGGCAAAGGCCUUCACGCGGACGUACGUUCAGUUCAUGGCUAUGGGUACUCUCAUCGCAGUGGCCGAAACGGGAGCAAGCUUGUGUGCGUUCGUUCUACUCUGUGAGUCCGUGCCUCGGUCGUGGCGCUCCACUGUUGGGCUUCUGUACAUGAACAUGUGGAGCAUAGGCAUCAUGACACUGCCUCUGUUAGCCUACCUCAUCCCCACGUGGAGCACCUUGCAACUCAUCGUCUCUCUUCCCGUGGCCAUCACCAUUACGUAUUACUGGAUACUUCCUGAGUCGGUGCACUGGCUGGUCGCUAGGAACAGACUGCAGGAAGCUGAGCAGUGUCUACAGCGAUACGCUCGCAUCAAUGGAUGCGAACUACCGCAGAACUGCCUCACGGCCGCGCAGCCGACCGACGCAGAAACCGAGGAGAAGUUACUGCGAGACAAAGACGUCGAGACUUCAGUGGACGUGGCCGACGACAAAUCUACUAGCAGACGUUAUUCCUUUAUCGAUGUUUAUCGUACGCCGGGGCUGCGCAUGUAUGGCACGCUAAUGUUCUUUAUAUGGAUCGUCAAUGUCAGGAGUUCCUACUAUGGCUUAGUCCCUAUUGGCGCGUCGCGUCGCUCUCAGGAAACAAGAUAUCCUGAACGUCUUUCGCUCACCGUGGCAGUGGACGCGUACCGGCACUCUGAUUGCAUUGCAGACAGAUCAAAUGGUAAACACCCGGAGGUUCCUAUAAUUUGCUGUUUACUUCGUUCAAUAAAACUACCCUCAAAGGGCGGUGACUGUGAUGCUCAGGAUCUCGGAUGGCUGGUGACGACGUUGACGAUGCUGGGAAAGUUGGGAAUAUCGUCUGCGUUCAAUUGCGUGUUUUUGUACACGACAGAAUUCUACCCCACCGUUGUUAGAAAUACGGGGGUCGGUCUAUCGUCGGCAAUUGCUCGCAUUGGAGCGAUGCUGGCGCCAUUGACCAUAGUCGUG